CCACGUGUUUCUUCAGUGUGUAUGUCAGGCAGCUAGCUUGAAGCUAACAUAAUCAUUACUGUGUUUUUUUUCAUCCAUUAUAUCAAAAAGAUGAGUCCUCGGUGUGACUGCUGCGGCGAGCACGUUGAAAAACUGAACCAGCAAAUAACAGUGAUGAGAAAAGAGAUAAAGAACUUGAGGCAGAUAUUGGACGGUGCAGGUAGAGCUCAUCGGAAACACAUGACAUCCAUUCGGUCUGCUGUGGCAAAUAUUGGCCUCCGUGAACCUGAUAAAGAGCAGGCACCUCCACCGCCUUUAGCUGCACCACAGGCAUUAGAGCAAGGAAACAUCCAGACUGUCCCCAUUGGUUACAUCAGUUCCUGUUUCGCUGUGAAGAAUGGUACACCCAGACAGCCCACCAUCUGUGGCCCCUCAAGGGCCGAACUGCGCAUCCAGCAGAGUAUCUUCAAUAACCCUGAGCACGCUCUGGUGGGCCUGGAGCAAUACUCCCAUGUCUGGAUCAUCUUUCUCUUUCACAAAAAUGGGCACUUGAAUUACAAAGCCAAAGUGAAGCCUCCCAGACUGAACGGUCAGAGAGUUGGUGUGUACUCGACACGCAGUCCGCACCGACCAAAUGCCUUGGGCCUAACUCUAGCUAGACUUGAUAAAAUUGACGGGGACACCGUACAUCUGUCAGACAUUGACAUGAUUGCUGGCACCCCAGUCCUGGACAUCAAACCAUACAUCCCAGACUACGACUCCCCCCACUCAAGGCUGGACAAAGAGCAUUGUGAUCCAAUCACAGACCAAAAAACAGAUGCUCAAUCAGACCUAGAAAGUGACAAAAAUGACGACGAAGCCUUAGUAAGUCUCCUCUCCAAAGACAAACCUGAAGCUGGUAUUCCCGUCCGAGAUUCCUCUCAGUCAGUAAGUGCUCAGUUGCCCCUUCACAAAAACAUCCACCAAAUGCUAGAUGAGGUCAGGGCUUAUGUGACCCAAGGGGAACUCCAGCUGAGUUGUGCAAGUGAGGAUCAAGUUUCAGACUCUCCCAAAACGAAAGCACCAGAGUGUAAUGUGGACUACCCCUGCUAUGGAGAGAAGGCCUACAUUACCAUCGCUGGCUGGAUCAGAGAGCCUCCUGUCAGCAGUCUGCAGGUGCGCUUCACUCCUCAGGCUCAGAAAGAGCUAGCAGACUUCCUUCCCACACACCUGUCAGGACCCUCUGAAAGUGACAGACCCAGGUUCAGGUUUCUCCGCAGUACAGAGGAGGCUGUUGCUGCCAUCAGAGGCGUGCUUUCUGCAGACCCGCGGUCCAUCCACAGGAGGACACGCUGCAGGGACAGGCUCUUCUACUUCAUCCUGGACUCAGCUGACAUCACCUGCUGGUUCGGAAAAGGCUUUGCUGAGGUGCUGCAGGUCCGACCUGUUGAGCAAAAUGUUGUCUCGGUGUGAGAAAUAAUUUGAUGAAAGCUUUGUGGCUCGAUAGACUAAAAAAACUGCGCUUACUUAGACAUUUCCGGUCAUUUCUCUACUGACAAAUAUGUAAGUGGUAAUAUCAUUGAGACCUUUUAAUCAGACACAUGAAAAGCCGGGAAACAUUCAGUUACAAAUGAGUUGAUUAAAUAAAAUAUUUUUGAAACAGAA